AUGUGCUCCACAGGUGAGGAAAUACUGGCCAAGUCGACGCAGGGGGCGACGUUCCUGAUGAUGGGGCAGCUGUUCGGUAAGCUGGUGACGUUUGUGCUGCACAAUGUGCUGGUGCGGUUUCUGUCGCCGCGGAUCUUCGGGAUCACGUCGUUCCUGGACUUUCUAUCGUCGACGGUGCUGUUCUUCAGCCGGGAGGCGAUACGGCUGGCGACGCUGCGCAUCAAGACGGGCGGGGACGGCGGGCGCGGCGGCGAGAUGUCUGCGGAGCUGCAGACGGCGGUGAAUUUUGCAAACAUACCGAUGUGCAUCGGGGCGCCGCUGGCGGUGGUGCUGGCGGUGUGGCAGUACUCGAACCUCAACAGCUACUUCACGCAGCUGCCGUUCUUCUCGUGGUCGAUCUACCUUGUGCUGCUGUCGAUCCUGGCGGAGCUCGCGAGCGAGCCGCUGUACGUGGUGAACCAGUUCAUGCUGAACUACCGCAAGCGGUCGCAGUUCGAGGGUGCGGCGGUAGCAGCGUCCUGCCUGGUGAACUUCGCGGUGAUCUACUGGUACGAGAACUGGGUGAAUGGGCGCGGCGAGACGGUGCACGACAGCUACAAGCAGGAGGGCAUCGCGGUGCUUGCGUUUGCGCUGGGGAAGGUGGCGCGCGCGAUGACGUUGCUGGCGCUGUACUACGUGGACUACGUGCGGCAUCUGGCACACGAGAAGCUGUUUUCGCUGUCUUUGACGAAGGUGCGCGUGCCGGGCAGCGUGUACACGGCGUACUUCGACUCGGACGUGCUGCAGCACUUCAAGAAGGUGUACUUCCAGCUGUGCUUUAAGCACCUGCUGACAGAGGGCGACAAACUGAUCAUCAAUUCGCUCUGCACGGUGGAGGAACAGGGGAUAUAUUCGCUUCUGUCGAACUACGGCUCGCUCAUCACGCGGAUGGUGUUUGCGCCCAUUGAGGAGUCGCUGUUGCUGUUUCUCACGCGGCUGCUCUCGGACAAAACGCAGCAGAACCUGCACAUAUGCAUGCGCGUGCUGGUGAACCUCGUCAAGUUUUAUCUGUACCUCGCGCUGGUCAUUGUUAUUUUUGGGCCCACCAACUCGUCUUUCCUGCUGAAGUUCCUCAUUGGCUCCAAGUGGUCGAGCACGAGCGUUUUGGAAACCAUUAGGGUGUACUGCUUCUACCUGCCCUUUCUUUCGAUGAACGGCAUACUGGAAGCCUUCUUUGCGAGCGUCGCAUCCGGCGAUGAGAUACUGCGCCACUCCUACCUCAUGAUGUUGCUUUCCGGGGUAUUCUUGCUGAACUGCUGGGUCUUUUUGGCGCAUUUCAACCUUUCGCUGGAAGGUCUUAUCUUCAGCAACAUCAUCAAUAUGACGCUGCGCAUCAUCUACUGUAGCAACUACAUCCGUGGAUUCUACAAGCGGCUGUUUGCAGAUUCCAAGCAAACGUCCCUAUCGUCGAGCUUUGCUGGUCUCAAAAAAAUCCUACUACUUUGCAUCGUUGUUGCAUAUGUGGACUGGUCCAUCAUUGGAUAUGUCCAAAAUAUCAGACAAUUGUUGGUGAAUAUCUUAUUGUCCGUUACUUUAGUCCUGGCGAUGGCUUACAAUGAGAGAAAGCUUCUUCUGGAAUUCAUUAAGAAGUCUAAGCCGGUGCCAGUAAAAGAAAACUAA